ACUCCCUGUGGUGUUUUCCGGGAUGACGCCACCGCCCGCCUCCACUCGAGGUGGACGCACACCCACAAGGGCAGCGGCGGCAGCGAUAUGGCUGAUCACCUCCGACCGGGACGGCUCUGCUCGCGAGCCCAAGUCACGACCGAUCACGCGUGACGGCAACUCAGGCGGUGGGACAAGAAGACUUGCUUGGCGCUUUGCUGCGUUUCGCUGCCAAGUAGUUGUCGGACGUCGUCGCAGUGGCGCGCUCCUCCCUGCGCGGAUUACCAAACACGAGGGGCAACGAUCGUCUCCUCCAAGCAGCACAAGCACGAGCAGGCCUCCGGGUGCUGGGGUUGCACCUGAGAACAUGGACCGAAUGAAGAUAAUCAAACGGAGGCUGUCCAUGUCUUUACGCAGCGCUCGACCCGUUGACGACUCCCUGUCUGAACUGGCAGAGCAGAUGGCUUUAGAUGAGCCAUCAACAGCCAGGGAUAAUGUGCCGAUGGCGGUGAGCGCCUUGCAUCCUCCCGCCUCUCACAGCGCUCCCUCCUUCCUGCGUCAGUAUGCCGGUCAUCUGGGCCGCACCGCCCUCCGCAGGGAGCCGGGUGGGGGGCUGGAAAGAGACAGAGCCUGUCUAAGCCUCCACAGGACUGGAUCUCUGGGUAUUGUCCACGAGAAUGUGAAGAUGGGCUCAGAUGGUGAGAGCGACCAGGCUUCCGGGACAUCUUCCGAUGAGGUCCAGAGUCCAGUCAGGGUCCGUAUGAGAAACAACCACCAUCGACGGAUCUCUAAUGAGGACAUAAACAAACGUCUGUCUCUCCCAGCUGAUAUCAGGCUACCGGAGGGCUACUUAGAGAAGUUUGCCAUGAACAGCCCGCCCUUUGACAAGCCCAUGAGCCGCAGGCUACGACGCGCUUCAUUGUCCGAAAUUGGCUUCGGGAAACUCGAGACCUACAUCAAACUGGACAAACUGGGGGAGGGAACAUAUGCUACAGUUUUUAAGGGGCGAAGCAAGUUAACAGACAACUUAGUGGCUCUGAAAGAGAUCCGACUGGAACACGAAGAGGGUGCACCGUGCACAGCCAUCAGAGAAGUAUCUCUACUGAAAGACUUGAAGCACGCCAAUAUCGUCACUCUCCAUGACAUUAUCCACACUGACAAGUGCCUGACACUCGUGUUUGAGUAUCUGGAAAAAGAUUUGAAGCAGUACAUGGACGACUGUGGGAGCAUAAUGAGUGUACAGAACGUCAAGAUCUUCUUAUUCCAGCUGUUGAGAGGUCUGGCUUACUGCCAUCGAAGGAAGGUCCUCCACAGGGACCUUAAACCCCAGAAUCUGCUCAUCAACGAGAAGGGAGAGCUGAAACUUGCAGAUUUUGGUUUGGCACGGGCCAAGAGUGUCCCCACAAAGACCUACUCAAAUGAAGUAGUGACAUUAUGGUACCGACCUCCAGAUGUGCUUCUAGGCUCCACUGAGUACUCUACGCCCAUAGACAUGUGGGGUGUGGGCUGCAUCUUUUAUGAAAUGAUCACAGGCAGGCCUCUCUUCCCCGGAUCCACCGUGGAGGACGAACUUCACCUCAUAUUCCGCAUCCUCGGCACCCCCACAGAAGAAACUUGGCCCGGCAUCAGCACCAGUGAAGAGUUUAAGACGUAUAAUUUCCCCAAAUACAACGCAGAGCCGCUUGUUAACCACGCUCCGAGGAUAGACAACGACGGUCACGACUUGCUCUCAGUGCUUCUGCAGUUUGAGGCAAAAAAACGAGUGUCGGCCGAGGAUGCUCUCAGGCACGCGUAUUUCAGAACGCUUGGGGAGCAGGUUCAAACCCUGGCUGACACGGCAUCAAUCUUCUCCAUAAAAGGCAUUCAACUUCAGAAAGACCCAGGGAAGAGAUCCUCCGUCUACCCAGAGUCAACGAUGGCCCAUAGGCUAGGCUCUGCGCCCUCGCAGUACUUCCAGAGAGAAGCAGCCAAUCCCAGGCCUCAGAGUCACAAUCUCUCCUCCACAUCCACUGGCUGAGUGGCCGCUACCAUUCUGGAGACUCUUAUGUAGUCCAAACAAGCUUUUCCUCACAUUUCACAUUCGUGCAGAAUGAACAUCUCGACUUACUCCCACUCCCUCUUUUUCUUCGAGCAAACCUGCUGCCAGCAUUUCUGUCAGGGAUGAAAGGAACAACAAUGUAUUGGUAAAAGAAAGGAUUCUGAUGGGGAGUCAAUUGAUUCUUUUUAUCUGUAGUCCUCUUUAGGUUUCUCCAGUGAGAGAUGUAGUCUUUUUGUUGAGCGUGUAGGUAAGGGCCUGAAGUCGUGUGUCUUUUUUAACCAGUAGCAUGGAUAUACUGGACUGUAGUGUGGGUUUUGUUGCAGUGUUUGACUUGAUACUGGUGAGUAUAUUUACACAGGUUCCUCUGUAUAUAUGACGAAUAAUAUAACCAAAUAAACAAUAGUUGAAAUGUUAACCGUUGUGAUACAAAUUUGGCAAAACUGCAUUGUUCAUUAUAAAAUUAUGAGUAACUGGUUUGCUCUGAUACAUAUUUUUUUGUUUGUUUAUGUGAAUUGUUAAAUGUUGUCAUCAUUUUUAUUCCCCGAAAUCUUAUGUAUUUUUCAAAGCCUGUCAGCAAAAAUCUAAACCUUACUGAUAACCUCGAGAUGUAGCGGAGGCUGUUAUGCUCGCUGAAUGCAGAAAUGCUGUGGGAAUAAAAUGUGCUUAAACACAUACUGAUACAAUGUUUCCAGCAUGUUUGGCCAACAUGUUUGUCUCUGUCUGUCUAUCAGCUCAGGGAAAGGGCAGACGGCAGAGUGUGUUGUUCUAGCGGUGUCGGAUGGUCCCAGAAGUGAGGAGGUCCACGACUGAAGGAGCAAUUCCAUCAGAGACAAACAUUCAGCGACCACACCACGCGCACUGAAGGAGCGACACACUCUCACUUUGAUGAAGAAAAUUAUUCACGCGUCCGCAUAGAAACAUCAACAGAGCUCAACAGAUUUUGGGACUGAAGAAUUCAGACAUGACUAAAGAAUAAUGCUCUCCCCUUGAGACAGACAAAAAAAAAAAAAAGAUUAAUUCGAAGAAAUGUGUGUGACCACAAGAGAGGAAAGUGGGAGCGCUCGUGAGUCUCCUUGCUGCUAUUACCGCUGCCGUCCAGACGGGGGCAGUGUCGAUGUGGGCCGAAACAGAACGCGAACUGUGAAGAUGGAGUGGCAGUGGCCCUGAUUCAAAUGAACUUCAUCACUCUUCAGUCUGUGGAACUUGUGCUGUACAUAAACAGACUGAGCCUCAAUCCAAACUCGACACAUUGCACCUCACCUUGGCCCUUUAUUAUAUGAUCUGUAAAGCACGCAUGCGUGCACAUACACACACACACACGAGCUUCAUUCUCUAGCUCCAUAGCUCUCGCUUUUGCGCACACACAAACACUACCCCUUAUGUUUCACUUGAAAGUAUGGUGUGUGUGUGUGUGUGUCGGCAUCAAUGGCGUUUACGGAGAUGAACUUUAGCACCUUAUUGUCCGCUAGAGGUCAGGGACAUUGUACUUUACCUCAUGCGUCAGAGUUAGGCUAUGAUCUAAAUGUAAUCAAAUCUAAAUGACAAACGGAAAAGAAAAAACAAAACAAAACACUAAUCAUUGGGAAAAACUUGGCGGAUGAUUUAGGUUACCACAAUCAUGGACACUGUAACGACUACUCCCAUUAAAGCAAGUGUCACGACAAUGAGUUAAAGAAAGCGUACAAGUCCUCACCUGCUUCUCCUGAGACACCCCCUUUUGCCUUGACUCGCAAAUUAUUGUGUGUGAUAUUAUAGGCGUUGUUGUUCAACUGUUCUUUGCACCUAAUUUUACCUCUUUGGAUCACCAGUAGAUGAUUCAACAGCCCCAAUCUUCUCCAAGACCAGCUCCAUGUGCAGUGUCUAUUUUUACACUUGAUUUUUUUCGUUUUGUUUUCCUAUUUGUAUAUAAGAUCUUACUUUGUACUUCUCAGAAGCAAUGGUAUUUCCGAUUAAUGGUAUUUCUCAGUCUUUGCUGUGCUCCCGCUGUAAUAGGGUUAGGCGACUGGCUGGGAAGGUGUUGCACAUUCCUCGAGCUCAGGACUUAAUUGCUUGUGUUGUUUUUUGUGGGUGCUGCAAGGUUGCGGCUGAACCUCAGUGAAUCCCUGUUAGUGCAGAAUAUAUUGCCCCAAAAUCCCUUCGCAAGGCUUUAUUAUGAAGUAUUUUUCUGCGUUGAUGCGCCAUUUCUUUUGUGUUCCCCAUUCUCUUUUAUUUAGACUCCAAUGAGACUACCUGGUGUAUAUCGUAACACUCUCGAAGCAUGUUUUGUGUAUUCAACACAGCCAUGUUUUCAGAUGGUAUGUGAAAUUGCUGGAAAAGGAACGUCGCCAAAUGAUUCCAAUAUUUGCAUGGCAUGUGAGCUAAUAAUAAUCAUCACAUCAAACAUCAUAUUGACCCCAACGAUAGCAAUGAAAAAAAAAAAUAAGGGUUUGUGGUGCUUUGGGACCAGAUAACAACUUGAGUGUGUGUUCAGCGCAGUGUAGAAGCGGGUCACCGGGUAGUUAGCGGGACUUGAAGCACUCUGAAACGAUGUUACGUAUUUCUAGCUGCCAGGAACCUCAAGCACACACAACCGUUUCACACACCGGUAAACUAACAUGUCAACAUGUACUGUAUCGCCGAGACGGAUUAUGGGUAUAGAUCGGUGUGUUGCGGUCUUCUGGCGCUGACCUGGGAUCAUCUCAGACUGAGACGCGAUCACAGGUCUGUGCCUGUCAGGACUACGCCACCUAGUGUGUGGCAGUAUGUAGCAUGUACAUAGAUGAUGGCUCACUUUGUAUAUAUAGAGAAGUGUAUAGGUUUGAUACUGAUAUUCACAUUCUGCCCUUUUUGUGUUUCUUUAAUGAAAGUCAUAGCAAUAUUUCUGUAAUCGAUAAAAAGCCAAGGUAGGGUGUAAUAGGGUGAAAAUUUAUGAUUUUUAAGGGGUGACUGUGUAUGGUUCAACUGUGAGACUUGACAAAGAAAGUGACAAGGAUGUUGGUCUUUUAUGUUUUUGCUGUUUAUGCAGAUGUGUUUCAUAGGUUGGAGUUUAGGAAGGGUCACUAAACACACCGAUUAUUUUCGGAUGUUUUUUCCAGUGAAAGCCAUGAUGGUGAUAACAAGGUGGUUGUGUAAAGUGGUUACUUAAGGAGAAAAAGAGAUGUGUACACCAAGUUAAAAAAUAAAAGUUGUGUUAUUAAA